AUGGCUGAGCUACACGUCGAGGAUGGCGGAGAUCGCUUGAAUCGGUUACGACUUGGUGCUGAUGGCGACUCCUUCUACGUCAGGAUCAACGUAGAUAGAGGCAGCGAGAAUAAGGAUGAGCUUGACAUCAAAGCGGGAGAAAUAGUGUUUGUUGAUAAUACAAUGUUCAUGGGACAACGAGGAAAGUGGAGAGCAUGGAAGGUGGACAGGGAAGGUCGACAAAGAGAAAAUGGAAUUAUCCCAUCAGCAACUCAAAUGGAGCGGAGCGACGUGAGAGGAAAGAAGGCUAAGAAUCGCAUGACACUUACGCGGCCGAUCUAUGAACGCGUAGAGCGAGUGUCAUCUUCGAAACGAAGGCCUGUGGUGCUUUUUGGCCCUCUUCUCACACCAAUCAUCCAGACUCUUCUGGAUGAUUCUAGUAGAUUUUCUCAUUGCGUACCGGAAUGUCGAGCCUUACAAUCUAUGGAAGUUGAACGACUCCUUGCCACUUGUGAGCUAAUCGAGGCUAGGAGGAGAGAGACUUUAUACGAUGUCAUCACAGCACCAGCUAUACACCACUUCGCUGAAUUA